AUUGAAACACAACAACUAAUAAUCGUGAAUCAUUUCUGAUUGAUGAUUUUACUUUUAUUUUGAUUGUGACAAUUAAUUUAAUCUUUACAUUUGUUGAUUUACAACAUUUCUUUCAUUGUAAUCAUAUUUUACUCUAAUUACGAUUUAUUUUGUUGUGCUGGUCAUUUAAUUGCUCCCAAUCAAAGUUACCAAAUUUUAAUCUCCAGCUUUUAUCGUUCUAUCAUAACAACAAUUAACUAAUCACUAUGGCCGAAACUAAUGAUUCUAGUCCAUUUACUCAACAAGAUGUUGAUUUAAUUAAAUCAAUCUGGUCAACCGUUAUGAAAGAUCCCAAUACACAUGGAAUCAAUUUUUUCCUCAAAUUCUUUAAAGAUAAUCCAACUUACAUUGAGCGUUUCGCUUCACUCCGAGAUCUAAAAACGGACGACGAACUGAGGUCAUCGAAGAGGCUGAAGUCACACGCAUCUCAAGUUCUUUAUGCAAUCACUGCGUUGGUUGAAAAUCUCGAGGAUUUGUGUGUUUCUGAUAUGCUACAAAAGAUUACCGUUAAUCACCUGAGGCGAUCAAUUAAUUGGCCUUUCUUUGAGGGAUUAGCCAAGAGUAUGGUCAGUUUCUUGACCGAAACCCUUGGUACAUCAAUAAUGGAUUCUAAGGCGACCAGUGCUUGGACCAAGGUUUUCACCGUUAUCAUAGAAACAGUUAAAUCAAUUGAAAAGCAACAACAAUCGGAAGCAAAUGCAACAACAUCACCGACAUCUCUCACAACUGCACCUUCAUCAACAUCUUAACCAAAAACUUUCAAACAGUUGGCCAUUUCAAAAAUCCACCUUGGACAAAUAAUCAAACCUUUGUAAUCACAAUUGUGACCUUUUCUAAUCAUUUAAAAUCUUAUUGAUUAAAGGCGAUGAUGUUACAGAAAAA